UCUCAUAAUGCCCGUCCUUGAAUUUUCAAUCCGCAUAGAUCUUACUUUACAACCAUUCAUUCUAUCUUCAACUAAAAUCAAAUGACAGAACCAUACGACGUAAUUAUCGCUGGCGCCGGCCCUGUCGGUCUCUUCCUAGCCUGCGAACUAGGUCUUCGCCACAUAUCAGUCCUCGUACUGGAACGAAACGCCCAACAAGAAUCGCCCUGGAAAGUCGAGCCACUCGGUCUCCGCGGACUAAAUAUACAAUCCGUUGAAGCAUUCUACCGGCGCGGCUUACUAGGUAGAUUAUUCAACCUAGACGAUAGACCGCAAUACGGCAAGAAACCCGGUUUCCAGUUUGGGGGCCAUUUUGCCGGUAUGAAGAUUAAUGUUAACCAGCUGGAGCCGGAGCGCUGGAUAUAUCGAUUACCUGGACCGGCUUUCGGUCCUGGCCCGACCAGCAUGCAUCAAAUUGAGAAGGUUCUUACUGAACAGGCGGAGAGCUUAGGUGUGGAGAUCUUGAGAGGGUAUCCCGUUACUCGUAUCGCGCAGGAUAAGAAUAGCGUUACAGUUGAGGCUGCUGAGCGCUCCUUUAAGGGCAAGUGGCUCGUUGGUUGUGAUGGUGGUCGCAGCUUUGUGCGGAAAGAAGCUGGUUUCGACUUUGUCGGGACAGAGACAAAUUUGACUGGCUACGCAACGCAUAUCGAUUUAGAUUCGCGUGAGAAGCUAAAGACUGGCUUUAACGUCUCUAAGACUGGAAUGUACAUCAAUGUCCCAAAUGGUGCGUUUCAUCUGAUGGAGUUCGAGGAUGAGAGCUUCGAUCGUUCGCAAGAUAUUACGUCGGAACAUCUCCAAGAGGUUCUUAAUCGUGCUAUUGGCCGCGACGAUGUGAAGAUUAUGAAGGUCCACCUUGCUUCUUCUUAUACCGACCGUUCAAUGCAAGCUACAAGUUAUCGCAGGAACCGUGUUCUCCUUGCCGGUGAUGCUGCGCAUAUCCAUUCCCCUCUCGGUGGGCAGGGAAAAAAUGUGGGACUGGGAGAUGCGAUGAAUCUGGGUUGGAAGUUAGCUUCUACGGUCCGGCGGGAACAUUUGGAGCAGAGCUCUGAAAGUCCGCAAGAUCUGAGCCUUUUGGAUACAUACGAGAGCGAGCGAUAUCCGAUCGCAGCGUCGGUUCUAGAUUGGACUCGUGCGCAAGUCACGGCGUUGAAGCCAGAUGCUUUCGGUCGUGCUACACGGGCACUUCUAGAAGAUCUUAUUCAGACGGAUGACGGAGCAAAUUUGUUCAUUGAUCGUAUUUGGGGGCUGUCGCAGCGGUAUAGACUUGAUGAAAAUGCCGCGAAUGCACACCCGCUUAUUGGGUCUAGUGCACCUGAUUUUGUGUUUGAGGAUGGGUCGAGAUUGGGCUCAAAGCUUGAGGGGGGAAGGGGGUUACUCCUUGAUCUUGGAGGAGAUGCCGCGCUAAACGAUUUGGUUGAGAAGUUUGAGGGGGAAGUGGAUUAUCUUGGUUUGGAUGCGAAAGAGAAGUGUAGGCUGAAGGCUUUGUUGAUUCGGCCCGAUGGGAUUGUUUCCUGGGUCGUUGAGGAGAAUGCUGAAGCGGACCUUGGUGCUGCGAAGGCUGCGUUGGACAAAUGGUUUACGCUAUGAUUGAAAAAGCACACACAAGCCUUAAAUUGACACACUUCUCAAAUUGUGGUUUUGCUUUGAUGUCAGCUCAUAAUGAUGCGAGUUAUUCACACUGCAACCUGCUAUACAAAUGCCGUGGCUUAAUUUCUUUAUUUAGGGAGAGAAAAGAGGGCCGGCGCUUACUUGGCUAUUUUUAUUCGCUGAAGCACUCACCCUGACCUAGAUAUGGUGGAUCGAGCACCAAGAUAAAGAAUUAAUUUCUAAAAUCGUUCAUAGAGAGCUAAAUUGUGAA